AUGGACGAGAUCGAGGGCGCACCGCAAGGUGCGCAGGCUGCGCAAGACACGGGGAAGCGCAAGGCCGAAGAGAUACCUCGCAGCUCUCCCAAGCAGGCAAAAAAGGCUACGCCAGCGUUGGUCUCCUUGAAGAAUGCCAAGCUCUCGCUGCGCCAAAAGGCGGUCGGCUGGGAUCGCACGAUGCCCGUGCUACGGGCUGUGCUAGCAUUUCAAUCAUACCUAGCAGAACAUGCUACACAGCCGCUCACAGAUAUCCCUCCAGAGCAUCUCGGUGUAAUAGCCUCGCUAACACAGGAAAGCGACAAGGUCGACACCGAGUUGGCGAAGCAGAUUCGGGCUAUGUUGCUGCCUGAAGGCAGCGAAGCAACCACUGAAGCUGGUGAAAAGGUUGAUACCCUCAGUCUGCAAACAAUCCAGAACAGUGUGCAAAGUAUUGCCACACGCGUAAAUUACGGCAUGGACGAUGGCCCAGACGACACGGCUGCGCCGCCGUCGCUGCAGCUUUGGCGGUGGGAGGUUAACAAUUUGGAUCUACUGCCGAAGGAGAAUCUCGAAAAACUCCUAACACGUCGUAAGGAACGUGAGCAGGCCAAGCUCGAGACACUCAACCUUAUCAAGACCUUGCCUGCGGACAAGUACCAAGCCCUCUUCCAAUCGAAGAAGCGCAGCACCAAAGCCGCGCCACCAAUCUCCGAGCCUGAUGCACCCAGUGAGAGUACGCCAUCGGCGGUACCAGAGGCUCCAAGUAAGGCCCCUGAGUCGCCGAAACCAGCGACACCUGUCAAAAAGGAAAAGUCUGAAAAGACCAAGCUUCGUGAAUCUCGGCGUGCUGAACGACAGGCAAAAGAAGAGAAGGAGGAGAAGGAUAAGCAGGCUCAAGUGCGCAUGUUCAAUUCGUUCUUCCAGCAACCGGCUAAGUUGUCGCCAAAGAAAGAGCAGGAAGCAUCGAACAAGACAGACUUUGAACGUACAUUCCUGCCUUGUGAACUUAAAAACAUUGCCGACAUUAACAAGUUUUAUCAUCAUGUAAGCGAUAACUUCAUGACCGAGAUCGAGCAGCAGAGUCGUGCGCCUACAGAUCUUCUCGCAGAAUUCCAGGCCAAAUACAGUACAUCCAGAACUGGCACCAGGCGACGGGGUGUUCAUCCACCCAUCAAUGUACGCGAUAUCAUGAAAGCGGUUACGGAAUCAGAUGUUCUUGGCGGAAAUGCUGAAGAGCGAGCGAAGCAUGGGCUCGAAGAACUGAACAACCGCAAAUUGAUACCUAUUAAACUACUCCAGUUCCAAUCGGACCGACGCCCAGGUUGGGUAGGUACAUGGACCCGCUCUUCAACUUUCAUCACGCCACGAAAGCCGUUGGGCCAAGAUCCAUUGGCUAUUGACUACUCCUACGACAGCGAUGCUGGAUGGGAAGACUUUGAAGAGGGGGAAAAUGUAGAUGCCAUGGAUGAAAAGGACGAUGACGAGAGCAUCGCAGGCUCCGAAGAAGAUUCAGAGAUGGACGAUUGGCUGGAAGAUGACCUGGAAGAAGAAGAAGAUCCCAUGAUGACAGACGACAGUGUAGCAGAACUGGAGGCACCCGAUCUUGCCGCCUCGCGAAAUGCUGUUGUGAGUCAGUCGACCUCGACUGUGAAUACCUUGAAACCCAAAAAGAAACUCAAAUUGUUAGGCCGUCGCUUCGACUCGAAACUAGUGCCUUAUAUUACCGGCCCUCAUUGGGAAACGACGUUCUCUGAGCCCAGUCAUGAAAGCUUUGAACCCUACCAGAUUCAUAUGCUCAAUGAUGCACACGUGGGUUUGAAUCCUUUUACGUUUGUUUCGGCAGCGGUGGUGAUCGAAACGGAAGAGAAACCGAAUGAGACUGCCAAGGCCAAACCAGCCUCUGACACAGCAACACCAUCUACCACAUCUACAACACCUGCCCGGCCUACGAAAUUCCAAUUCCCCGAUACCCAUUUAGCGGAACUCUUGAAACUAAUCGACGGUUCCACGCGCUCCAAACCGGCCUUGAUUGAAGACCUACGAGAACAUUUCGCACCUCUGAUCAAAGGCGUGAGUAAAACAGCUAUUGAAUCACGUCUACAAGAGUGUGCUACCAAGGAAAGUAAGAAGCCCGGAGCAAAAUGGAUCAUUAAAGAUGAUUGGAAGGCCAAAAAAGCAGAAUAG